GGCUACGUUGAUCUAGCAUGGUAUGCAUUAUUCAUUUGGGGUUCCAAUCUUCCAAAGCGAAUGCCUGAUGAUAUUUAUGUAGAGCUUCUACACUUCAUUGCUCUGAAUUGGAGGUACUCUUGUUUUAAGGACUUACCUCUGUUGAGGUUUAUUGAUGUCACUGGCAACAUAUCUUUGUUAAGUGUAUCACAAGCAGCAAUAGGUAAGCGAAAGCUAUGUAUUGCCAACAAUGAUAAGAUCAUCACAUGGCUUAUCAACUGGAAUCGGGAGUUCAUAUCUGUCUCAAAACUAUAUUUUAUGCCUCAAUCCACACAAUUGUCUUUAAAAGUUGCAAAAACAGAAUUAAUGGAUUUUCUCAAGAAAGUUGUGAAGCUUCAGGCUUUAUGUCUUUAUGACUAUGGGUCAAUUGUGAUCAAGUCACUAACUAGUAGCAAGCUUGUCAUAGCCUUCACUCAUUUUCUAUAUCAUUCUUGUAAGUAUAAUUAUGCUAGUAAACGCUGCAUAAACACGUUGUUCUCUCACUCUCCAAUAGUAGAUGAGUAUGGAAAAGUGAGACAUGAAAAGACAGAAGUCCUUGUGCCGGCCAGCAUGGGCAAAUGGAUAAUGCUAAUGGGUUCAAAUCCUUGGAGGGCUGACAAAUAUUUUGUACUGAGCAGGGAGUAUUUGGCAACUGCAAAUUUUGCAGGAAAUGUUACAUGUGAAGGACAGAUUUUGAAGUUCCUACAACAAAACGGAAAGGCCUCUGAUGUUCCACAAGUUUAUCCUCCAAAUGCAGCUUUCAAAACUGUUUACUCUCCUUUGACAAAGGACAAUGCAUUUUUGUUACUUGAAUGGAUUAGAAAUAUAAGAUCUUAUGGAACUAAUUAUAAGCUGCAGAACUUUUUUAGCAGCAUCAAAAGUGGAAGCUGGUUGAAGACAUCAAUUGGUUACAAGCCACCUUCUGAGUCAUUCUUGCCGAGCUCUGGUUGGGAAAGACUACUUCAGGUAGCAUCAACACUUGUUGACAUACCAUUAAUCCAGAAAGAUUUUUAUGGUGAAAAGAUAACAGAGUACACUGAAGAACUUAAAGAGGUUGGAGUCAGAUUUGAUUUUACAGACGCAUCACAAUUUAUUGGUAGCCAUCUCAGGACUAUGACAGCUGACUCCACCUUAACCAGAGAAAAUGUCUUUUCGCUGCUCAAGUUGGUCAGAUAUUUGGGAGAGGUAAGCUUGUCCCCUCGCUAUCUAAUUCGGAGCACCAAAACUGCAAGAUGGCUAAAAACAUCAGUUGGUUUCAGAUUACCAUCAGAAUCCAUAUUGCUUGAUUCAGAAUGGACACUUGCAUCACAUGUCAGUAAUCUCCCUUUCAUAGACACUUCAUUCUAUGGCGAGCAGAUUGUUGAUUACAAGACUGAGUUGCAAUUGUUUGGUGUUCUAGUUAGAUUCGACAAAAAUUAUAAGGUUGUGGUUGAUAACUUUAAAAUUCCUUCAAACUGUGUUUCUGCUGAUGCUGCCAUUUUCAUACUUGAAUGCAUACGAAAUGUUAACAUUCCUGAUGAUCUCGUCCGAAAGUUAUCACAGACUAAAUGGUUGAAGACCCAGCUUGGCUAUCAAAAUCCAGAUGAAUCUUUUAUGGCUGUCAUAGAAUGGGAAUGCCUUCUUCAGGUUGUCAGCGGCAUUCCGGUAAUAGAUGAGCCAAUUUAUGGCGGUAGAAUCAGGUCAUAUCAGGCAGAGCUUAAGAGAAUUGGAGUAGCAGUAACCAGAGAUGACUUCUCAAAAGCUAUUGCUUCUCAACUGAAUAUCCUUGUAAAGAACACAUUGAUCACAAACAAAAAUGUUCUUGCAUUGUUAACAUGUUAUAGGCAUUUUGUCAAAAAGCAAAUUACAUUCCCACAUGAUCUUUCCCUUUUCUCCCUUGAGAAGGAAUGGUUGCAUACUAAUCUUGGAUUCAGAUCUCCAAAAGCUUCCAUCCUAUUUAGUCCAGAGUGGGAGCCUAUCUCAGCUAUAACAAAUCUUCCAUUUAUCGACGGUAAUUCUGCAUUCUAUGGUUACUCCAAUGAGAUCAAUGGUUUCAAAAAUGAGCUCGAGGCCUUUGGUGUUGUAGUUGACUUCAAAGAGGGAGCUAAAUUUGUCAUAGAGAGCAUCAACCUUCCAAGAGAUCCUUCUGUCAUUAAUCCAGUUAGCAUUAUAUCCGUAUUUCAGUGCAUUCGCAAUCUGAAGGAAAACACAGAGUCUCUUCCAAUGGAGUUCAAGCAAAAGAUGAACAAUAGAUGGAUAAAAACAAUUCUAGGUUACAGAUUUCCAGAAGAGAGCCUUCUUUUCUCGCCCAAGUGGGAAUUGCAUAGAAAAGACGGUCCGUUUAUUGAUGACAUCUUUUAUGGAUCUGAGCUUGCUUCUUAUAAAAGAGAGCUUAAAGAAAUUGGUGUAUCUGUGGAUGCCACUCAAGCAUGCCUGUUACUGGCACUUCAUAUUAAGUGUCACUCUGAUAUUACUACAAUCUCAAGAGUGUACCUAUUCUUGAAUGAACAUAAAUGGGAGCCUGAUAAUGAAGCUGCAGAGUGGAUUUGGAUCCCACAGGGUGGUGGGGAAUGGGUGAGCUCCAACAUGUGCAUACUACAUGAUAACCUUGACCUAUUUGGUUCCCAACUCUUCAUUUUGGAUAAAUAUUAUGACACAAAGAUUCAUGAAUUCUUUUCAAGGGUUUUUGGGGUUCGGCUUGGUCCAUGCGUCGAUGACUACUGCAAGCUCUGGUCCUCGUGGGAAGUUUCAGCGCACUACCUUACCGUGCAGCAAUGCUCCGCUUUCUGGGUCUUCAUUGCGAAGCACUGGAAUAGCAACUCAGUGAAACUUAUGCUGGGAAGCAUAUCAAAAUUACCAGUUCAAAGUAAUGAUGAGGUCAUUCUUUCCAGCAAACAAGAUGUAUUCAUUCCCAAUGAUCUCUUGCUGAAAGAACUGUUUGACAAGGUUUCUGGAACAAUCUUUGUAUGGUAUCCUCAAGUAACCACUCCUGCACUUUCUAGAGCAAAUAUGAACAAGAUCUAUAGCAGCAUUGGUGUUCGAUCAAUUUCUGAGGCUGUAGAAAAGGAUGAGUCUUUGAGGACCACUGGUGCUAGUGUUAGGGAAGUUGAUCAGAAAUCUCUGAUAUGGAUCAAUGGAUUGCUGAGGAUUGUGAUUGCUUUUCUUUCUAAUACUUCUCUUGAUAUAUUUGCUAAUGAAAGGCAUAGUCUUGUCAAAUGUUUGCUUGAUUUAGAAGUCUUGGAAAUUGAUGAGCCUGUUACAAUUAGCUAUAAGCUAACACUAUCCUCGGGAAGAAUUUUAGAUUCAAAAGGUACCAGAAUAUUCCUUUGGGAGAAGGAUAAUGCGAAGUUAUUCUUACAAAGAGAUAAAGGUGGAAUGAAGCGAAAGAGACACAACAUUGAAUAUGCAACAAAUUUUGCUGAUGUGAUAGCAAGGGGCCUAUUGUCUGAAAUGCCUGAUCAGAUUGCUCCACUUGCUGAGCUCAUUAGGCUUGGCUGCUUGUUGGACUUUGAGGAAGAUGCGGUGGACUAUUUAUUGAAGACCAAAAAUCUCCAGUUGUUUCCUGAAGACGUAGAGUUUCUAUCAUCUAUAUCGUCUACAAAGAAUGUGGGAAAGAUUGAAGCUGGAAAAACUGCUACAGUCCACUACUAAUUAAUGCUCAACUGCGCUGCUAUUUGGAAUCCUUAUGUAGGCUUUUGCUUUCCAACAUGCUUUUGGUGAUGAAGUUUCUUGAGUCCUUCAGUACUUUGUAGUAUAUAAUUUUGUCUGCGAUAGUUCAGU